UUUCAAACUAAAGAAGGAAACAAUGAGGCAAAUGAAUUAAGGCAAGCUAACAAAUAAAUGUCAGCUUAUUUCAUUCCCCUACUAACGUUCGUUGCCCAACUCUAGCUACAGAAAAUUUUUGCCAAUUUAUACCAACCACUAAACAGUCUAGCGGUUUUUUAUCAAAAAUUAAAUAAUUAUCUUAGGGAUGCGCCAAAUUCUUGACUUUACAGUUGUUGGAAAAUCCUCACCAAAUAUAGAACUUUGAGGGAAAUUUAUUCUGUGUGACUGCAAAUAAAUUUCACUUUUGGCCCCAAUGUAUGGGUUCAAAGUUGAGUAGUUGUCCCUACCUUAGCUUCAUUUCUAUUGCAUAUCCAAUAAAUAAACAUGUCCCAGUAUAUAUAGUCCCAACAUCUUAUUAUCAACUACAUGUAAUCUGCAUGUGGGAAAAUAAUUUGAAAAGGCAAGCAACUCUGACAUAAUCAUCUUCCUUGCCAUAUACUACUUCUUUGUUUCUCCAUCUUUUUCAUUUUUUAGAGUAUCUUUUUUAUAGUAUUUUAUCAUUGGAGAUAUUCAGGGCCCUCCCGAGACAAUUUGCCCAAGGACUAAAGGGAGGUCCAACUGCCUCCAGUGGGCCUGUUAACAUACAUUCUCAUGUCUUUACGAAGUUUGUAGUUAUUUUUUCUUCUAAAAAUUACUCAAAAGAAAAAGAAAAAAGGUUGAAACCAAGUGUCAUGGACUAUAAAAGAAACUUGGCAUUUUUAAAACCAUGGUCCUAUAAAAAAGAAAAACUGGAAACUGUUUCUAAACUUAUUGUCUCAUUUAUUUAGUAGCAAUAUUAUUAUUAGCUUAAUGAGGCUAAGAAAGCACAUGAUACAUGUCCUUUUGAGAUAUAAGUCCCUUCACUAGUGAAGAGCCAGAGGAUGCAAGAAAAUAGGUUAAACAAGCAUUUGAAAGGCCUCAUCAAAGGGGUGGAAGGGUUCUUGACGAGUUAGUAGAAAAUGGAGUUCACAUUAAGGAAGCAGUAACAGUUAGCCCUUACGGUGGCUGCAACUUUACAUCGAUAGGAGAAGCCAUUGCAUUUGCGCCUAAUAACUCAAAGAUUGAAGAUGGCUAUUUUCUCAUCUACGCGAAGCAAGGAUACUACGAAGAGUAUGUUGUUGUUGCCAAGAACAAGAAGAACAUUAUGUUGAUUGGAGAAGGCGUUGAUCUCACUGUGAUUGCUGGAAAUCGUAGUGUCAUAGAUGGCUGGACAACCUACAAUUCAGCAACCUUUGCCGUCUCAGGGGAGCGGUUUGUAGCCGUAAACAUUACAUUCAAGAACGUAGCUGGUCCUUGGAAGCACCAAGCUGUAGCUCUAAGGAACAAUGCAGACCUUUCCACGUUCUACAAAUGUCGUUUUGAGGGCUAUCAAGACACAUUAUACGCGCACUCUUUAAGACAAUUCUACAGAGAAUGUGAUAUCUACGGUACAGUUGACUUCAUAUUUGGCAAUGCAGCUGCAAUUUUCCAAAACUGCCAUCUCUUUGCUAGGAAGCCAAUGCCAGACCAGAAGAAUAUCUUCACAGCACAAGGCCGAAGCGAUCCCAAUCAGAACACUGGCAUUUCUAUCCAGAACUGCACAAUUCAAGCUGCCCCUGAUUUGGCACAGGAAUCGGAUCUCACGUUGAGUUUUCUUGGCCGGCCCUGGCACAAUUACUCGAGGACUGUAAUCAUGCAGUCUUAUAUAGGAGACGUUAUCGCCCCUGUUGGAUGGUUAGAGUGGAACGGAACGUAUGGACUCGACACCCUUUACUAUGGGGAGUUUGAGAAUUAUGGACCAGGGGCUAAUACUACAAUGAGAGUACAAUGGCCUGGUUAUAGUUUAAUGAAUGCUUCACAAGCAAUGAACUUUACUGUCUAUAAUUUCACUAUGGGAGAUACUUGGUUGCCUUGCACAAAUGUACCAUUUUCUCAAGGCCUGUAAUGGGAAAAACUGUAUAAAUCAGAUAGCUUUAUGUACUUCUAUCACAUUCUUUUCU